AUGCCAGUCGCGGACGUGCAUGGUUCAGAACAAAAAUGGAGAGCCUUCCAAGGCUGGCUACCCCAGUCAUUACAUAAAACAUACCUUGUCACACUGGCUGGUUUAUUCCUGUUCAUGUUGACCGUGAUCGAGUCCUUGCGACAAUGCUCCAAAAGACAAGGGGGCAUAAUUCAUUGGCAGUAUGAAGAAGACCUUCCCACAGCUAUCUGGGGUGCUUACACCUAUCUGCCUUUGAUUUUUGCGCUACUUGCCAUCAAUCUCCUGGACGUUUGUGCCCAGGAUGUGUUGCGGCUCGAACCGUUCUUUCAGCUGGCUAAGCCUGACGGAGCCCCAGCGACGGUGCUAUUUAUCAACUAUUGUUGCAAUGGGCUUACAGCCUCCGUGACUGCGUUUCGCAAUCGUCAUUGGGUUGUGCUAUGUGUUGCGCCGGUCUCUUUGAUUUUCCGCCUGUUUCUUCCGUCGCUAUUAGCGGGUCUGGUAGUUUUGGAUGAUGGGAACUGGGUUCAGAAGAAGAUAGUCAAUACCUGGCCAUCCAUAAUUGAUCUGGAAAUUCAACAGUCAUGGCUAUCGGCGGGGUCUUCAAGCCAAGGCCCUUUAGGUUCAGCUGAGCUUAACAGCUUCUUUAUGCCGGACCCUUCCGAUUACGCCACUCCUCCUAUUUCGAUGCCUCUUGAUGAUCAAAACGACUCUUCCUUGUUGACUCUCAAUCAAACAAUAUAUUGGUCAAAUAUGACAUGCGUCACCAGUUCUCGAAGAGGAUCCUCGCCAGACGCUGUCGUACACCUCAAUUCGACCAGUCCCUUGCCUAACGGUGAACAGAUCUGGUCGUGGGAUGUUCGCAAUGUCACCAUGGGGGGCAUACCUGGCGAAAACAGCAGCUCGCAGUGCCAGGUUACUGUUCAGCUGGAUACUGUCAUAGCCUCCGAUCAAGGAACUAUUCAAGCAAGAUUCUGGGAGCCCAUGGGUUCCGAUGAGAAGUUGCUGACUCCGUCAGCGUUUUCGUAUGACGGUUGCAGCUUAUUCAAAAUUUUCGGGGUGAUUGUCGACAUGCAACUUGCCGCAGGAAAUGUUUCAGAUUCAAAUGUCACGGUGCUUGCCUGUUCACCGACCUAUCAGCAAGCAUGGGCCGAUGUGACUCUCAACCCAAAUGCCUCUAUCGCUAACGUGAAGACGGCCUCUUCGACUGUCAAGCCUCUUGAUACACUUGAGUUCUACGUGGAGGGAAUCCAUGAUCUGAUUGCUUCUCGGUAUCUAUUAUCAGAGCACAACGUGCGACUCGGCAACGAUUUGCAGUUCAAUUUUUCUGCCGGCGACAACGAUCCAGUCAUCCUCACAAGCGAUUCCACGAUUAUCAACUCCCAGCAAUACCUGGAAGAAAUUCGUCGAUACUGGAAUUCUCAAUUUGUUGUCACCAUCGACAGAUUCUUCAGCCCUGGUGCGGCUCCAACGCCUGCAGAUGCCGAACAACAGAGCUUGGUGAUCAUCUUGACCGUCGCAUCCAAGGCCGUGUCUCUUGCUGAAGCUAUACUAAUCUUGGGUCUUAUUCUACUCGGAGGUUUGACAUACGUGUAUCAACAUCGACCUAACUUUCUGCACUGGGACCCCGGGUCGAUCGCUGCUCAGUGUGCGAUCGUGGCGAAGCUCUUCACCCCGGCCUCCCGAGCCAUUUUUGCAGAGGCGAAAUUGCAUCAAGCAACCACGCGUCAACUUCGGCAAUGGGCUAAUGGGAAAUGGUGCGAGUGGGUAGAUGAGGAUGGGGAACAACAGCUUCAAAUCGCCGAUUGGAGUGAGGUAUCUUCGGCGCCACCCCAUCCUCCCCCGGGUCGUCGGGACCCCAUGCCGCAUUUUUUGAGACCCCUUUGGUUCCUUAUGGAAUGCCUGAUACUUGCAGGAACAUUGGCUUUUUUCGGAGUUAGCCUGGCUUACCUUCGGUGGAAAAAUAUCAACAGCUUCUUCAGCACUGGUGCAUUGGUGUCUAUGAUCUUCCUCAACUAUGGGCCAACUGCGAUUGCUUCCAUAAUCGGUUCCUUCCUCGCAUCGAUUUAUCGUAAUCUGAGUCUCAUGGAGCCUUGGAUCUGGCUGCAAGAGGGAAUGGCCACAGCGCGGCAGUCUGUUGUCGAGAACUAUGGGAUUCAAACGCCAUUUGUACCGCUGUUCAUGCAGCGUCAUCACCGGCCAGGUCUCCUUUUCACUGUGUCUCUUGUGUGCUUGGGAGAUCUUGCUUUGCGAAUUCUGAGCGGUGGGCUGUUUACACCUCAAUUGAAAACCUCCACGUCGGCGACUUCCGCUGUGGUGAACAUAUACAACUCUUCCGCCAUCGCAAAUCGGGUCGAUGAUACGGAUAUCGAGAUGUCCCUGAUGGCGACCAGCAGAGUGAUGAACAACGUUUCCUUCCUUCGAUGGACUUCAACGGAUGGACAAUACUUUUUGAUGCCUUUCGCAAUCCACGAACCUUCCGAUGAUGACUACACCACAUAUUCUGCAAUCACCCGCGGAAUCGGGGCAGAUCUCGAAUGUCAGGUACUUGGGCCUAAUCCAUCAGUCAACGAUUCAGUGUCAGGGGCGCUUGCUUGGAAUUACACGAUAGCUGGAGAUGAAAAUGGACACACUUGUACCGUGAAUAUUCCACUGACAGAGGGCCUUGCGGCCAAGGCUGGAAGAUCUGUUCAUUUCUAUGCACCAAAUGGAACAGACACGUUCUGUGCAAACUCCAGCAUUUUUGUUCUGGCAUUCUCAGAGUUGAAGAACAUGAGCAGUAUAAAGGCAUCAAGCUCGGUCGCCUUGCACUGUCAGCAAAAGAUUCACCUGCAGGAUUUUCAUGUUGAAUUUGACUCCAGUGGCAUGAUUCAGGAUCAAAAACUCAUUGAUGGAAGCAUCAUUACAAGCGGGGGCCUCUUUCACAAUGCGUCUGAAAUUCUCGGGAGCUUCAACCAAAUGUUGACUUCCUCGCCUCGGAAUUUCUCGUCACAUCAUUCGGCACGACCACACUCUCAACAUCAUCGUAAUCGUCAUCACCGGUAUGACUGGCCUGGUCGCUUAACUGCCAACGCCUACGACACGUUAUACUCAAAAGACUCUGAAAUGACACCUGAGCAUCUCAUUCUUGCGGUCCAGACAGUCUACCAGACCGUUUUCAGUACCCACUUGGCUCUCUGGAAGGAAACGUUUCUUUACCAUCUUCCACCGCAUUCUGCCCAACCAGCAUAUGCAAAGGUCAUAGACAGCCUAUGGGGAUUCAUACCGUCCACCAGCUUAGUGGUCGCCAUUAUCAGUUUGCUUGCCGUCGAUGCAAUCGCCCUAAUGGGUGUGUUUAUAGUUCGCUUCAAUCGCUAUCGGGGGCCACGCAUUCCUCGGUCUAUUGGAUCUCUUAUGCCCUGGAUUGUACAAAGUCGCAUGAUGACCGACUGCGGAGAUACUUAUGACAUGAGCGAACGCGAGCGUGAGAGGUACCUAAUAGAGAGAGACCGCAGGUAUCGGGUUGGGGAUUUUUCCACUGCGGGUGGGCAGCAAUGGGCCCUGGACUACGAUGACCGUCAUGGAACUUUGGAUAUUGAAUUACAUGAGAGCAGAACUACUGAAUAG